AUGACGGACGAAUCUUUUAGUGAGAGUAAUGAUGCGGAAAGUUGGGUUGAGAAUGGAAUUGCCAACCAUCAUAUUAUUUAUCAUGAUUACGAAGAAUUUCAACGUAUUCAACGCAUAGAUACUGAAGGAUCAAGUAACGUGUACAAAGCAAAUUGGAAGAGUACAAACACCAUUGUUACAUUAAAAUCUUUUGGGACAAAAAACUGCAUUACGAAAAAUUUUGUUAAUGAGUUACAAUUAUUACAUCAAGUUAAUCCUCACGAGAAUAUCAUUCGAUUCUUUGGAAUUACCAAGAGAACAUAUUCAAAUUACUUGGCCAUUCUUGAAUAUACCGAUAGCGGCACGUUGAGCGAUUAUUUAAAAGUUAAUUUCAAAAAAUUAGAUUGGAAGGUUAAAUUACAAUUCGCCACACAAAUUGCCAGCGCGGUUUCAUUCUUACAUCAAAGAGACAUCAUUCAUAAUGACCUGCAUUCGAAUAACAUCUUGAUUCAUCAAAAUGUGAUCAAAUUGACGAAUUUCGGUCUUUCGCGUAAAUUGUCCGAGGUGACAUCAAAUCCCGUGACGGUCAUUUUCGAAGCGUUGACUGACCUGUCAUCGGAUCCCGGAACGUUGGCUUAUACCGAUCCACAAUACCUCAGAAUGCAAGCGAAAUGCUGGAGAGAAAAUCCGAACGAUAGACCAAAUAUACAACAGGUCUUUACCGAAUUGAAGCAAAUUAAUUUGAAUGAGAAAUGGGAGAAAUUAAUGAAAGAAUUGGAUCAAAUGCAAAUGGAUGAAGGUUCAACAACGGUUAUUAACUCGAAUGACAAUGAUUUGAUUAAUAAUGAAUUGUUAUCAUUACUUGAAAAUGCCGAACAAAGUGAAAAGAAGAAUAAAGAGAUUAGGAAUGAAGAACCGAACAAUGAUUACGUUCAAUCCGUCAAACAGCAUAUAAUGUUGAAAAACAAAAAUGAAAAUGAUUUUAAGUUAUUUGCUAUUUGUUAUUUACAUCCUUCCCCUCCUUUUACAACAGCUAUGCUCGUUGAAUUUAAGGGAACAAUGAAAGCGGAUACAAUUUGUAUUAAGCAUUUAGAAGUGUCGCAACCAAAUAUCGAAAGUAGAAAUGUAGAAAGUACUUUUGACCUACAUGUUUUGGUCAUCUUUGACGAUGAAAUUUAA